GCCAGGCCCUCCGCGCGGGGCCGGAAAGGUGGUCCCUCGCCAGUCGACCCGGCAGUCAGCAGCUGCGGUGAAGGAUUGGAAUGUGUUGAUCACGGCCCGUGGCCGACACAACGGCUGGGAGGCGGCGCUGGCAGCCGCCGCAGACAUGCAGAGGCACGGCUUGGCGUGGGAUCACUUCACCUUCGGUGGCCUCAUCGCAGCAUGCUCCAAGAGGAGAGCCCUAGGACCAGCCAUGGCUUUACUGGAGGAGAUGCCAAAGCAGCAGCUGCGGCCAAACGCCUUUUGCGUUGGUGCGGCUGCAAGUGCAUGCGUCCGCCAGCAGCUUUGGUCGCAGGCCUUGCGCCUCUUGCGCGACUCUCGUGAAGCGAAGAUCUCGCCCACCACGGUGACCUAUGGCACAGCUGCCGGGGCUUACGCCGUGGAAGGGCACUGGGAGUCGGCCCUGGCCUGCUUCGCCGAGUCGGCGGCUCUUGGCAUAGCCAGGAGUGUGAUCUUGGCGAACAGCGUAAUGCGUGCCUGUGAGCGCGCCAGUCAGUGGACACUGGCGCUGUGGCUGCUGCGGGAGGCGAUGCGCGCAGAGCAGCCGCCCAUGGAACCGGAUGCAGUUACAGCUGCGCCAUGCACGCCUGCGUGA